UGACUCUUCGCCAACAUCCUUUUUGCGUCGGGCUAAUUGCUAUCUGCUGUGGCGGAAUCGCAAGGCUGUGUUUGCCAGUGUUCGCCCUAUUGUUUCCAUUUUGUUCUGAUACAGCUUCAACUGAACUUUCAUACUCAAAACAACUCCCACUGAAAGCACGACGAGACCAUCACCAUGCCUCAUGCCACGGCGUCAACGGGCCUCCAGGCUCUGAUCCUCUGCGGUCCUGGAUCUUCGUUUCCGACAUUUACAUCGAACCCAGACAAGAACCCUAAGGCGCUUCUUCCCAUAGCAAACAGGCCCAUGGUCUGGUACCCCAUCGACUUCUGCUACAGGACUGGCAUCUCCAAAAUCACUCUCAUCUGCCCCCCGACUGCGGUAAAGGCUCUGAAAGAGGCUUUUAGCACAAACCCCUUCUUGACCGGACUCCCACUCCCUCGACCCGAAAUAUUGUCGCCCGCCGAUCUCACACAAAACACCGGCACAGCAGAGAUUCUGCGCCUACCUGAGGUUAUAGACCAUGUCAAGAAGGACUUUGUUGUGCUUCCCUGCGAUCUUGUCUGCGAGAUUGGUGCUGAGAAGCUUCUACAGGCGUGGAUGGUCAAGGCCGUCACUCUUGACAGUGUCCUCGGCGCAGCCGCCUCGUCCAACGAUGAGCAACUGAAAAACAGCGGCGGUAUUGGCGUAUUCUAUGAAACCAAGACCAAUGUUACAGUGAAAGGUGAAGAAUCUGACUUUAUUGCCACGACGCCGCUUCCCCAGUCAGCCAGCACACCUCCAAAAGACUCCAUCUUAGGAAAUGUAACGAAACUGGUACAGGUCAUGCCUACAGAUACAUUGAAGGAUGUUAUUGAAGACAGAAAGGCCCAUCCUGUUCGCCACGGACUUUUGAGAGCACACCCCCAAGUUCGCAUGUACACAACACACAGAGACGCGCACAUCUACGUCUUUCCUCAUUGGAUCAUGGAGUUUAUCCAGCGCAAUGAGCGUAUGGAAAGCAUAGGCGAGGAUGUUGUAGGCAGCUGGGCAAAGGCUGGAUGGCAACAGGGGCUUGCUGAUAAGCUCCAGCUGACUGCACUUUGCUCUGCAGCCGAGGCGGAACAAGACGACGAUUCCAACCUUGAUAGUGUUGCAUCACCCGACGGUGACGCGAGCAUAGCGCCCGGAACUACAGCUACUGGUGCUACCGACAAAUCCCAAGCCAAUGCUCCUCACACAACCUCACCCAAUGACAUCAAAAUCCCCCCCAUCUUGGCUUAUGUUCAUUCAGCCAAGACCCAAGACCCCGGAAGCAUCCUCAGACGUGUUGAUACCGCUCAGCUGCUCCUAGCGAUCUCUCUGCAGCUGGCUAAAUUGCCACCAAUUGAAGAGACUGGCCCCGAAACAGCGUCGCCUUUUGCGCAUAAUCGCAAAGUCGCAUACCCAGAGGGAGUCAAGUCCAGAACAACGAUUACAAAGCAAGACAGUCUGAUUGGAGACAACGUUACGGUGGAAGAGAAGACUUCGAUUAAAGAAUGUGUCAUUGGAGCCGGCUGCCAAAUCCAGGAAGGUGCUAAGCUCUCGCAAUGUCUUCUCAUGGAUGGCGUUGUUGUCGGAAAGGGCUGUAAACUAACAAAGUGCAUCUUGGGCAAACGUAGCGUCAUUGGCGACGGAUCUAUCUUGACAGAUUGCGAGGUGCAGGAAAAUCUUUUGGUCGAAGCACGCACCGAGGACAAGGACAACAGACUCAUGAGUUCCGAGGGACUGGAAGCUACUGAGGCUGAGAUGGAGGAAGUAUUGGAUCAGAUGGAUGAAGUUACGGGAGCAGAGGAGGCAGUGAUUGGAUAGACAACGAUGCUGUUCAAGUUCUCACAUAAUAAAGGCAAAGGAUCAUGUUGUUCUGCGGGCGUAGAAAAGUACGUUAGCGCCAAAGACCCUUUUGACGUCUUUUAUAAUUUAUUAAAAAUAUCAAAUUAAAGCAUCAUAACAGCUGUAUAACCCAAUAACCAG